CUUAACAGCUGUAAUCGGUUGAAUAAUAAUUACUGAACUAUUUAUCAUUAGAGAAUAUUAAAGUAGUUAAAUCUUAAGAGUUAUUAAUUUCGUAAUAUUUUUCUUAAAUUUUAAUUAAAAUGGCCAAUUGGGUUCAAAAAAUACCAUCACAGUUUCAACCAUCUGCAUUUAUAUCAGCUCUUAGAACUUUUUUAGGCGGUCGUAAUUUCAAACCAAAUGUUAGAAUGGUUGAUGAAGUAUCUGCUGCAACUCAACCUCCUCCAGAUAUUCCAGGAGGGCCUUAUCAUAAAGUAAAUAACAAUUAUUAUUGUACACGUGAUGCUCGCAGAGAAGUAACAUCUCCAUUGGUUGUUGCUGAAACAAGUCAAAACAUUAAAAUUGAAAAUGCCAAGUCUAUUACAGCUGAGGGAUCAAAACCUACAAAAUUGCCCCUUCCUGGAAAAAUCUACCACUGGGAUUGAUGAAAAAUUUAUAAUUAGUUGAAAAUCAAGAUAUGUAUAUUUUUUUUUCAAUUUUAAAUAAAAAAUUGUUUAGUUAAAAAUAUUUUAAUUCCAAUAAUACUAUUUGACUGUCUGUUUUAGUAAAAUGUGCAGAUAAUCUUAUUACUUAUGUUAUUUUGAAUUUAUUAAGUGGAAAAAUAAAAUUUUAUUUAUUCAAUAAAUAAGUUUUAACAUAGUAAAAAUA